AUGGCCGCCAUGGAGAAGCUGAUGCGGGCCUUCGAAGCGCUGCGCUCCUUCCAGCAGCAGCAGCUGCCGCCGCCGCCGCCCCAGCCCAGCCCCGCGCCCGAGGAGCCGCCCGCCCGCCCAAAGAAGGAACUGUCCACCUCCAAGAAAGACCGAGUCAAUCAUUGCCUAACAAUAUGUGAAAACAUCGUGGCUCAGAGUUUAAGAAAUUCUCCAGAAUUCCCCAAGCUGUUGGGGAUCGCCAUGGAACUCUUCCUCCUCUGUAGCGAUGACGCGGAGUCCGAUGUCAGGAUGGUCUCCGAUGAAUGUCUCAAUAAAGUGAUAAAAGCCUUGAUGGAUUCCAGUCUUCCUAGAUUACAAUUGGAACUCUACAAAGAGAUUAAAAAAAACGGUGCUUCCCGGAGUUUGCGGGCUGCUCUGUGGAGAUUUGCGGAGCUUGCACACCUUGUUAGACCUCAGAAAUGCAGGCCGUACUUUGUGAACCUCCUGCCCUGCUUAACCCGGGUCAGCCGGCGGCCCGAAGAAUCCGUGCAAGAGACCCUGGCUGCGGCGAUGCCCAAAAUCAUGGCAGCGUUUGGCAACUUCGCAAACGACAGCGACAUCAAGGUUUUAUUGAAAGCUUUCAUAGGUAAUCUUAACUCCAAUUCUCCAACCAUCCGUCGGACGGCGGCCGCAGCCACGGUGAGCAUCUGUCAGCAUUCACGAAGGACGCAAUAUUUUUACACUCGGUUGCUUCAAGUAUUGCUAGGACUGUUGUGUCCCACGGAAGAAGAGCACCCCAGUGUCUUGAUUCUCGGGGUGUUGCUCACCUUGAGGUACCUGAUCCCGUUGCUGCAGCAGCAGGUGAAGGACACCAGCCUGAAGGGCAGCUUCGGGGUCAUCCAGAAAGAAACCGAGAUUUCGCCUUCCUUGGAUCAACUCAUCCAGGUGUACGAGCUGAGUCUCCAUUACACUCAGCACCGGGAUCACAACGUCGUCACCGGAUCCCUGGAACUGUUGCAGCAGCUCCUCCGGACGCCUCCCCCCAACCUCCUCUUGGCCCUCACGAUGCGCGGGGGGCUUUUGCAAGCGGGGGCAGCCGAAGAUGAGAUUGCCGGCCGCGGCCGCAGCAAUAGCAUUGUGGAACUGAUUGCUGGAGGGGGGUCUUCCUGCAGCCCUGUUUUUUCCAGAAAACAAAAAGCCAAAGUACUUUCAGGAGAGGAGAGCCUGGAAGAGGAUUCCGAAGCCAGGUCUCAAGCCAGCCAGGUGGGCUUUGCAGGGUCUGGGAAAAGCGAGCUGAACAGUGAAUUAACUUCCACGCCGGGCGUCUCGCCCGCGGCCAGCUCAGCCUCCGACCCUCCGGGUUGCGACAUCAUAACGGAGCAGCCCCGUUCUCAGCACGUCUUGCAAUCCGAAUCGGAGAUCUCUGCUUGCGAUUUGACGGGCACGACCCCGAAAGCCGAUACGGACGACGACAUGCUGAGCAGGAGCUCCAGCCAGAUUAGCGCCAUCCAGUCCGAAGUGAACGACGGCACCUCGUCGCCCAUCAGCGACAGCUCUCAGACUACCACCGAAGGGCCGGACUCGGCAGUGACCCCGUCCGAUUUCUCUGAAAUGAUUCUCGAAGGCGGUGAGAACCAAUACUCUGGAAUGCAGAUUGGGCAGCUGCAGGAGGAAGAAGACGACGCCAACGUUCUACACGACGAGACUUUGGAUCCGUUCCGAAAUUCCUGCCUCGAGCUUCAGCGAUCUCAUUUAGCGAAAACUGUGAGCCACAGGAGGGAGCCUUCCAAUGGCAGCAUGGAGAAGUUUGGGCCUAAGGAAGAAACUGAACUGGCUGACCAUGGAAUUAAGCUCUCCAGAAUGAAAGGUGAUAUCGGGGGCUAUAAGGACGGAAGUGCUGCGCCAUUAGUCCACUGCGUUCGCCUCCUGUCGGCCUCUUUUCUGCUCACUGGAGAGAAAGGGGCUCUGGUGCCGGAUAAAGACGUCAGGGUCAGCGUGAAAGCCUUGGCCAUCAGUUGCGUGGGGGCAGCCGUGGCCCUUUACCCGGAAGCUUUCUUCAGCAAACUCUACAAAAUGCCCACUGAAAGUAACAAAGAAGAAAGAGAGCAGUCCGUGAAGGACAUUGUGAAUUAUAUCGACCACGGAGACCCCCAGAUCAGAGGGACAACCGCCAUUUUGUGCGGAACCAUUGUUUAUUCCAUCCUCGUCCAGUCUUGCUUCAGUGUGGAAACUUGGCUGGAAAAUAUAAAAGCGUCCACAGGGACGCUGGUGGAGUGUGUCUCCUUACUACAGAAAAGCCUGAAAGACGAGUCUUCGGUCACGUGCAAAUUGGCCUGCAUAGCUGUGAGGCACUGCAUCAUGAGCUUAUGCGGCAGCAGCCAUAGUUCCUUGGGGUUGCAAUUACUGGUUGACCUCCUUCUCCUGAGGAACAGUUCCUACUGGCUGGUUAGGACGGAGCUUCUGGAAACGGUGGCUGAAAUAGAUUUUCGGUUAAUCCAGUUUUUGGAAGAAAGGGACAGCAAUCUGCAUAGAGGGGAUUAUCAUUACGCUGGGCUGUUAAAACUUCAGGAUCGGGUUCUGAAGGAAGUGGUCAUUUCUCUCCUAGGCGACGAAGAUCCCAGAGUCAGGCGUGUGGCUGCAGCUGCUUUAGUAAGGCUGGUCCCAAAGCUGUUCUAUAGUUGCGACGCAGGGCAGACUGAUCCGGUCGUAGCUCUGGCCAAGGAGCAAAGCAGCGUCUACCUGAAGCUCCUGAUGCACGAAACCCCACCGACUUCCCACUUUGCAGUGAGCACCAUCACCAGAACCUACAGAGGAUACAACCUGAUGCCAAGUCCAGCCGAUGUGACAGUGGAGAACAACCUUUCCAGAGUGAUCUCGGCCGUGUCCCAUGCGUUGACGACCUCACCCUCCAGAUCCCUGACUUUUGGCUGCUGCGAAGCAUUGUGUCUUUUGUCCUCAUCGUUUCCGGUUUGUACCUGGAAUGUGGGAUGGCACUGUGGAGUCCCAGGAGAAGAGCGCAGUUGGAUAGUUGGCUUGCUCCUCUCCCUCCUUUCCUCCGUUUCGUUCCCUCUGGAUCUCUCUGCCCACCAAGACGCCUUGAUCCUGGCUGGGAAUUUGCUGGCAGCCACCGCCUCCAAAUCUUUGCAAAACCCCUGGACGCACAGCGAGGACGAAGCCAGCGUUCCUGCCGCUAAGCAAGAGGACUCGUGGGUGGCCCUGUCAGACCGGACGCUUGCCCUGUUGGUCGAUCACCUGUUUUCCCAUUUGCUGAAGAUCAUUAAUAUUUGUUCCCACAUAUUGGAUGAUGUCGUUCCUGGCCCGACACUGAAGGCGACGUUACCAUCUCUCACCAACCCACCUUCGCUGAGUCCAAUUCGGCGCAAAGCGAAAGAAAAAGAAGCGACGGAGCAAGCCACGGUCGCCAUAAGCCCUAAAAAGACGAGUGAAAACAGCCCAGCUCCGAGACAAAGUGACACUUCAAGCUCCACUCCCCCGAGUAAAUCCUCGUCCACUCUGGGUAACUUCUACCAUCUCCCAUCGUAUCUCAAACUCUACGACGUUCUGAAGGCCACCUAUGCCAACUAUAAGGUUACACUCGAUCUCCAAAACGUCAAUGAAAAGUUUGGUGGAUUCCUGAGAUCAGCUUUGGACGUUCUGUCUCAAAUCUUAGAACUGGCAACUCUACAAGACAUUGGAAAGUACGUGGAAGAAAUUCUGUGUUACCUGAAAUCCUGUUUCAACAAAGAACCAGUCAUGGCAACUGUGUGUGUUCAGCAGUUACUCAAGACCUUGUUCGGCACCAACUUGGCCUCGCAGUUUGACAGCUGGUCUUCCAACUCCUGCCGAGCUCAGGCCAAAUGCCAGCGCUUGGGCUCCUCCAGCUUACGGCCGGGCCUUUACCACUGCUGCUUCAUGGCUCCUUACACCCAGUUCACCCAGGCCUUGGCCGACGCGAGUUUGAGGAAUAUGAUGCAGGCCGAGCAGGAACGGGACACCUCAGGCUGGUUUGACAUAUUGCAAAAGGUUUCUGCGCAGCUGAAAACUGGCACCGCGAAUAUGGCCAAGCACCGUGCUGACAAGAAUAUCAUCCACAAUCACAUCCGUCUGUUUGAACCGCUGGUCAUCAAAGCGCUAAAGCAGUACACCACCACUACGUCCGUACAACUGCAGAGACAAGUCUUGGACCUUCUCGCCCAGCUCGUCCAGCUGCGGGUCAACUAUUGUCUUCUGGACUCCGACCAAGUAUUUAUUGGAUUUGUGCUGAAGCAGUUUGAAUACAUUGAAGUCGGCCAAUUCAGGGAAUCGGAGGCCAUUAUUCCGAGCGUCUUUUUCUUCCUGGUGUUGUUGUCUUACGAGCGCUACCACUCCAAGCAGAUCAUUGGAAUCCCUAAAAUUAUUCAGCUCUGUGACGGGAUCAUGGCCAGCGGAAGGAAAGCAGUGACACACGCAAUCCCGGCUCUGCAGCCCAUCGUCCACGACCUCUUCAUCUUAAGAGGAGCGAAUAAAGCUGAUGCCGGCAAAGAAUUAGAAACCCAGAAGGAAGUCGUGGUCUCGAUGUUGUUGCGGCUGAUCCAGUAUCACCAGGUGCUGGAGAUGUUCAUCCUUGUGCUGCAACAGUGUCACCGAGAGAACGAAGAGAAAUGGAAGAGGCUGUCGCGACAGGUAGCCGACAUCAUCCUGCCAAUGCUGGCCAAACAACAGAUGCAAAUAGAUUCCCACGAAGCCCUGGGGAUCUUGAAUACCUUGUUUGAGAUCCUGGCGCCUUCCGCCCUGCGCCCGGUGGACAUGCUGCUGAGGAGCAUGUUUGUGACGCCCAGCACCAUGGCUUCAGUGAGCACCGUUCAGUUAUGGGUCUCUGGCAUUCUGGCUAUUCUGCGGGUCUUGAUUUCCCAGUCCACCGAAGACAUCGUCCUCUCCCGCAUCCAAGAGCUCUCCUUUUCCCCGUAUCUCAUCUCUUGCCAAACAAUUAACCGGCUGCGGAACGGGGAAAGCAAAGUUCCUCCCACUCAGGAAACCUCCACGGAUGAGCAAGAUCGCUUUCUUCCCGAAGAGACCUUUUCCAGAUUCCUCAUCCAGUUGGUGGGGAUUCUGCUGGAAGAUAUCGCCAGCAAACAAUUGAACGUGGAGACGAGCGAACAGCAGCACACCUUCUACUGCCAGGAACUGGGCACCCUUCUCAUGUGCUUAAUUCAUACCUUCAAAUCAGGGAUGUUCCGAAGAAUCACGGCUGCGGCGACCAAGAUUUUUACCGAGAAUGGACCGCACGGUCUUCAUUUCUACACCCUCGAAAGAUUAAACGAUCUUGUCAAGUCCAUGAUAGCCACGCACCCAUCCCUGGUGCUUCUCUGGUGUCAGAUCCUGCUGCUUGUUAACUACACCAAUUCCAGCUGGUGGUCCGAAGUUCAUCAGACCCCCAAAAGGCAGAGUCUGUCAGGCGCUAAGUUGCUCAGCCCUCAACCCAGCGGGGAUCCCCACGAAGACGACGGCGGCUCCAAGCUCAGCAUCUGCAACCGCGAGAUCGUGCGGAAAGGUUCCCUCAUCCUUUUCUGUGACUACGUGUGCCAAAACCUGCACGACUCCGAGCACUUAACCUGGCUGACCGUCAAUCAUGUCCAAGAACUCAUCAGCCUGUCUCACGAACCUCCCGUCCAGGAUUUCAUAAGCGCCAUUCACAGAAACUCGGCGGCGAGUGGACUUUUCAUCCAGGCUAUUCAGUCACGAUGUGAGAACUUCGCCUCCCCGACAGCGGUGAAGAAGACGCUGCAGUGUUUGGAGGGGAUCCACCUGAGCCAGUCAGGGGCUGUGCUGGUCUUGUACGUGGACAAGCUUCUCUCGACUCCCUUCCGUGUGCUGGCUCACAUGGUCGACACCCUGGCUUGCCGUCGUGUGGAAAUGCUUUUAGCGGCGUCGGUGCAGAACAGCACGGUUCAGUUGCCAGUUGAAGAGCUGGACCGAAUUCAGGAAUAUCUGCAGAACACCGGAUUAGCCCACAGACAUCAAAGACUCUACUCACUCUUGGACCGGUUUCGUCUAACUGUGGCUCCGGAAACCAUAAGCCCCUCACCUUUGGUUACGGCACAUCCCCUGGAUGGAGGGAACCAUCCCGAUCUAGAAACGUUAAUUCCAGACAAAGAUUGGUUCUGUUCACUCGUGAGGUCCCAGUGCUACACAAAAUCAGCUUUCGCUCUUCCAGAAGGUGCCGAACUGAUGAAUCGGCUUCCUGAACAGGAAUUGAUUCCUUUUAUGAUGCACCAGGAUUUCAACAUCAGCCUCCUCGCCCCGUGUUUGAGCCUGGGCGGGCAGGAACUCUCCCGAGGGCUGAGGAGCCAUUUUGAAGCCGCCCGCCUCGUCACGCUGCACCAGGUGACGGAAGUGGUGAACAAACUCCCCGCCAGCCAUCAAGUCUUCCAGCCGACGCAGCCAGUGGGAUCGUCCCCGUACUGGAACAAACUCAGCAAUAUUUAUGGAGACCCAGAAAUGUUUCAGUUCGCAAUGGUUUUAGCUCAGGCUUUAAGUCAGUAUCUGGUGUCGCUUUCCAAACUGCCAACUUCCCUUCGCAUUCCUCCGGAGAAGGAAAACGACAUUGUGAAGUUCGUUGUGAUGCUGCUAGAGAUCCUGUCUUGGCACUUAGCACGCAAGCAGGUUCCCCUAAGUAUGGAUCUCCAGGCUGUGCUGGAUUGCUGUUGCCUGGCGUUGCAACAGACGGAGCUGUGGAAUCUCUGGGCAUCAGCAGAGAACAGCAGCCAGGCGUCCUCCCUCAUCCACUGCACCCGAUUCAUCCUGGAAGCAGUGGCAAUUGAACCGGGAAAUCGUCUCCUGAGUCCAGAGAAAAGAAAGAAGAUUCAGAAGGCUGGCAGUGAGAACGAAAGAGGUUCACAAACACCAAAUUCUGAGUCCAUUACGGCAACUUGUGAAGUGGUAGCCGAGUUGGUAGAAUGCCUGCAGUCUGUCUUGGCUCUGGGGCACAAGAAGAACAGCCCCAUCCCCGCAUUCCUGACCCCCGUUCUGAGGAACAUCAUCAUCAGCCUGUCUCGGCUGCCCUUAGUCAACAGCUACGCCCGGGUUCCCCUCCUGGUCUGGAAAUUGGGCUGGUCCCCAAAGCCGACGGGUGAAUUCGGCACGACGUUUCCAGAAAUCCCGGUGGAAUUUCUCCAAGAGAGAGAAGUCUUCAAAGAAUUUAUCUACCGAAUUAACACAUUGGGGUGGACAAACCGCAUGCAGUUUGAGGAAACCUGGGCCAGCCUCCUGGGAGUUCUUGUGACCCAGCCGAUCGUCAUGGAUCAGGAGGAAAACCAGCAAGAGGAAGACAUGGAAAGGACCCAGAUCAAUGUUCUGGCUGUUCAGGCAAUCACCUCCUUGGUGCUGAGCGCCAUGACCAUCCCUCUGGCCGGCAAUCCAGCCGUCAGCUGUUUGGAGCAGCAGCCUCGAAACAAAACCUUGAAAGCUCUUGACACCAGGUUCGGGAGAAAAUUGAACAUUAUCCGAGGAAUUGUCGAGCAAGAAAUCCAAGAAAUGGCCUCUAAGAGAGACAACGUUGCUUGCCACCAUGUAUAUCAGAUGUGGGACCCUGUUCCAUCCCUGGCCCCCUCUACCACAGGUUCCCUCAUCAGCCACGAGAAGCUGCUGCUUCAGAUCAAUACGGAGCGUGAAAUGGGGAAUAUGACCUACAAACUAGGACAGGUCUCCAUCCAUUCUGUGUGGCUGGGAAAUAGCAUUACCCCGUUGCGGGAAGAAGAAUGGGGCGAAGACGAAGAUGAUGAGAGCGACAUGCCUGCCAUUUCCUCGCCCCCUUCCUCCCCCAUCAAUUCCAGGAAGCACCGCGCUGGGGUAGACAUUCAUUCGUGUUCCCAGUUUCUGCUGGAAUUAUACAGUCAAUGGAUUCUCCCAUCCAGCCCCAACAAGAAGACACCGGUUACCCUGAUCAGCGAAGUGGUCCGAUCCCUUUUAGCCGUCUCUGAUUUAUUUACGGAGAGAAAUCAGUUUGAAAUGAUGUACGCGACGUUAACUGAACUGCGGAAAGUCCAUCCGUCGGAAGACGAGAUCCUUCUUCAGUAUUUGGUCCCCGCUAUGUGCAAAGCAGCAGCUGUCCUUGGCAUGGAUAAAGCGGUGGCAGAGCCCGUCAGCCGCCUGCUCGAAUCGACGCUCCGCAGCACGCACAUGCCGAGCCGAAUUGGCGCGCUGCACGGCAUCCUGUACAUUUUGGAGUGCGAUCUCCUGGACGAGACAGCGAAGCAACUUAUUCCGGUCAUCACCGAAUACCUGCUGUCCAAUCUGCGUGGCGUAGCCCACUGUGUGAACCUCCACAACCAGCAACACAUCUUGGUCAUGUGCGCAGUGGCCUUCUACUUAAUCGAAAAUUACCCGGCUGACGUCGGACCUGAAUUCUCUUCCGGAAUUAUUCAGAUGUGCGGAGUGAUGCUAUCCGAAAACGAGGGAUCCACCCCGUCGGUGAUCUAUCACUGUGUGAUCAGAGGUCUGGAAAGGCUCCUGCUUUCGGAGCAGCUCUCUCCGCCGGACUGCGAAGCGCUGGUGAAACUGAGCGUGGACCGUGUGAACGUCCUCAGUCCGCACAGAGCCAUGGCCGCCUUGGGACUCAUGCUGAGCUGCAUGUACACAGGAAAAGAGAAAGUCAGUCCCGGACGAAGCGCAGAUCCCCACUCGGCAGCUCCGGACAGUGAAUCGGUCAUCGUGGCAAUGGAACGAGUAUCUGUCCUCUUUGACCGGGUCAGGAAAGGAUUCCCCUUCGAAGCCCGAGUGGUAACUCUGAUCCUCCCUCAAUUCCUGGAUGACUUUUUCCCCCCGCAAGACGUGAUGAAUAAAGUGAUUGGGGAAUUUUUAUCCAACCAGCAACCCUACCCACAAUUUAUGGCGAAAGUACUCUACAAGGUCUUUCAGUCCCUGCAUACGACGGGUCAGUCCUCCAUGGUCCGAGACUGGGUGAUGCUGUCGCUCUCCAACUUCACACAGCGGACGCCGAUCGCCAUGGCGAUGUGGAGCCUUUCCUGUUUUUUCGUCAGCGCUUCCACCAGCCAGUGGAUUUCAGGAAUUCUCCCACACAUUAUCAGCAGAAUGGGAAAAUCGGAACAAGUCGACCUCAAUUUGUUCUGCCUGGUGGCCAUAGAUUUUUACAGGCAUCAGAUCGACGAAGAAUUGGAUCGCAGAGCCUUUCAGUCCAUCUUCGAAGUGGUCUCUUCCCCGGGAAAUCCGUACCACCGCCUGCUGACCUGCUUACAAAGCAUUCACAAGAUCACCCCGUGUUGAAGAAGAGAGCAGACGACGGAAGGAAAGGCGUCUCACGCCGCGGAGGUCCCUCGUAACCUCUCGGCUUUCUUUUAUUAAAUUUCCAAACCCAAAUGACUCCGUAGGUAGUGGUGGCUGGGCCAUGCAAGACAAAAGCCUGGAAUUUUGGGGGGAAGAAAGAAAAAACAAAAAAAGAGCGAGACCUAGUGAGAUAUGGACAAAAUAUGGAUGCAAAACAAAUUUGCUCAUCUCAGCUUAAAUUUAUAUAUAUCGUUCAUGCUGAACCUCGUGAAUUCUGCAGUAUCGGCUCCGGGGCAUUUAAAAAGCCUUUGGUUUCAUCUA